CAAUCGCGAGCUUGAGGCCGAGCCUGCGCAUUGCCGACCAAACCGGCAGCGCCAUCCUGCCUGUGUUUCCCCCGAGUGAGGGGCUUGCCGGACCGCGUUGCUUCCUUCUGCUGAAGGCGAGGAGCGAGGCCGCGCCCGGGAAGGCGCCGCCGGCUCGCUUCUUCGGCCGCCAUGUCGGCCUUGAGCUGGAAGCCGUUCGUGUACGGCGGGCUGGCCUCGCUCGUGGCCGAGUUUGGGACCUUCCCUGUAGAUCUGACCAAAACGCGACUUCAAGUCCAAGGACAAAGCAUUGAUGCCCGUUUCCGAGAGAUCAAGUACCGGGGCAUGUUUCAUGCCUUGUUCCGCAUCUCUAGGGAGGAAGGCAUUCUAGCGUUAUAUUCUGGGAUUGCUCCAGCCUUGUUAAGACAAGCAUCCUAUGGCACCAUAAAAAUUGGUAUAUAUCAAAGUUUAAAGCGGCUUUUUGUGGAUCGUUUAGAAGAUGAAACAUUACUGAUCAAUGUUAUCUGUGGGGUAGUAUCAGGAGUAAUAUCUUCUGCACUGGCAAACCCAACAGAUGUUUUGAAGAUCCGAAUGCAAGCUCAGGGCAGCCUGUUCCAGGGUGGAAUGAUUGGAAGCUUCAUAGACAUCUAUCAGCAAGAAGGCACGCGAGGGCUCUGGCGGGGUGUAGUUCCCACGGCCCAGCGAGCUGCCAUUGUGGUGGGUGUCGAACUUCCGGUCUACGACAUCACCAAAAAGCACUUAAUUCUUUCAGGACUCGUGGGGGACACAAUUCUCACUCAUUUUAUAUCCAGUUUUACAUGUGGCUUAGCUGGUGCUGUUGCUUCAAACCCAGUGGAUGUGGUGCGGACCCGUAUGAUGAAUCAGCGGGCCAUAGUGGGGAGUGUGGACCUCUAUAGGGGCACAUUGGACGGUCUGGUAAAGACAUGGAAAAGUGAGGGUUUCUUCGCAUUGUACAAAGGAUUCUUGCCAAAUUGGUUGAGGCUUGGGCCCUGGAACAUCAUUUUUUUUAUCACCUAUGAGCAGCUGAAGAGACUCCCUUUCUAGGGACCAGUUCGGACUGGUGACCGAUGUGCCCUUCCUGCUCACCUCCUCCUUUUUUGCAUCUUCAUGCUCCUUGGCUGUUCGGACUGUGGCUAUCACCCCCACUCUGGAUGCUCAGUCUGGGCAUGUGGCCUGGAUACCAGGGAGAAAACCGCACGAGGGUCUUUUGCAUGUGCUUUCCCACAAGGCCAAGAAGGGGAGAGCAUAUGGGUCCAAGUCUGUAUCUUCUAUGAAGAUCUGUGUUCAAGCAGUCCUUCUGGGUGCAGCUGCUUGCAGUGUGGAUUUUGCAGCAGGCUGUGCUUUUCCCCUGUUCUGUGCCUCAGGCAAAGGGGGAUUCAAGGAGGCUGCUACAUUCCCUCCAUUGUCACGUGACCUUAUUAAACUAUUUAUUGGAGAACUGUGUCUUCAUUACUAUUGUACAGAUGCUAGAACAGGCAGACUGUAUGCUAAAAGAGCUGGUCUUUUAUUAGACGAAUAAACGUGAGUGUGUUAAAGACUUUAGUCAGAACAUCACCAAAAAGUGAUGACCUUUUAUUGUGAAUGCAUUGAACAAGAUGAAUGUGAAUGUUCUUCCACUCACCGCCUACUUCUUUUUGGAGAAGCAACAUGAAACUGAAAGUCUGCCAUAGAUCUUCAGGAAUUCACCUGUCAUCUGUUGUGAGGCAUCCAAUCCGAUGAGCUGAAACAGAAGAAGCGGUCAGAUUUCAGUGUACAAGCAGCUGCAAUUACAUCUGUUCUUAGCAGAAGAUGCUAAUAGGUAUUGCAAGGGAGACAGAAAGUAUAUCAGUAAGGUGUUUUAAAUAACUUGAAAACAUCACUUUCAUUCAUAGUUUUGUUUAAAGCUUGUGCUUUUUGAGAUUGUUAAACAAAACAAAAGCAAGUGACAGGUUUAAAAGGGACCCAGAAAGGCACAAAAGCAGGUUUUCAACCAAGAAGAGGUUUAAAACUUUCCAAAAGUAGCAAGUUUAUUCUGUCAGCACCUAAAACAUCUGUGAUGCGAUUCUUGCUGCAGAAGAGAAAGGAAGCAAACUAUAGUUGCUCCUAGAGGUUGGAUUGCUCUUUUGGUAAUAACACAAUUACCGGUUGAUUUACAGAUAGCUUAUAUAUUUGGAAGAUUUAUAUGUGGCAUUAUUGGUACUGAUUAGAGUGAAGCUGUAGUCGCAUAUCGCCUUUCCCAGCUAUUUUGUGCUUGGUACAUUUGUUACAGGGCAGACAGGAAAUGAGGGGUUGUUGGGAAGCGAGUAGAGGCUUUUCCUAUGGCCUCUUAUCUCAUAGAGUUGGCACUUGCGUCAAAGUUAAAGGAUUGAUUUGUUUGGCUUCCUCCCUCUUUUAUGAACAGGCAGGGCCUGAAAAGGAAAACCUCACACAUCGCUGCUCACAAGCUAGGCUGCUUCCCAUCUUUUGUCUGUCAACCUUUGGGCUAGAUCAGAGAUCAGGGUUCUGUUUAUUUGCAUGGCUCAUUUUUUCCACUGCUAACAUUCAUGUGUAAAUGAUGAUAUGCAGACUCUUGGAAGACAAUCCAAACAGUUGUGCACACCCCAAUGUAGACAUAUAAUAGGGAUGGCCUCACUGUAAGUCGGGACGAUUGCUUCAGGUGUCAAGUGUUGGGAGCCAACAGCACAAAGGGGAGGAAGGAGAUGUGUUCUCUGCAACUUGUUUUAUGUUUCUGUACUAGGCUGCUUAAGGCAGAUAAUCUGCACUCAGAAACUGGAUUAUACGGUCAGUGUAGAUGGGCCUGAUAUGCAUUAUAAGCUUGUAAAUCCACACCCAUUUUAUUCCUUCAAGGUAUGGUGAUCUGCACUCUUUAAGAAAUGCCACAUAGCAUUCUUGACUUUCUGUUAGUAAUCUGCUGGCAUCUUUAUUAGGGCUCCCCAUUGCAGGUGGUAAAUUGCCUUCCAUGGUUUCACCCCCUUGUCAUUCUUAGGGUGCCAACUCUGUGAGAUACAAACCCAUAGUAGAAACCUCUACUUUAAAAUUCCUUUAAAAAAAGAUAUUGGUUGUUGUCAUAGUCCCAUUAUUAUUGGUCAGUCUGUGCAAUGGGCCUGUGGGCUUGUGAAGAUGGAUGCUAUAAAACAAAAUGUGGAAUGGGGCCAGAUUGAAUAAAAAAGUUCUGUGGAGUCACUCUACAUUUCUGAA